CAUGCAAGUAAGGAACCAUAAAAAAACAAAAAAAAAAGGUCAUGCAAAUAAGGGCCAUGGCAAACAAUGGAAUUGGAGUUGGUGAAGGUUUCUAUGGAGAGUCAGUAAGUUCGAGUUACCAUACUUCAGAGAAUUUGCUUCAUGGUAAUUCCAUGGAUCAAGAGGAAGACCAAAAUCUGCGACAACAAUCAGGUCAAUCCUCCCCCACGAAUGCAAUUCUACCAGGUUUCUUGCCAAGCUCGAUAACAAACCAAGGUAGUCAGGCCGUAGCAGGAACUCAGCAGUGCCCAUGGUUGCUGAAACAAUUUGGUCAGCCCAUAGGCCUUCAAGAGCUUUUACUAGGUUUCUUGCCAAGCUUGACGACUAAUCAAGGCAGUCAUCAGGCCAUUACCACAGAACAACCUUUGAUCCAUCAACAUUUUUGUCAAUCUCUGGCAACAUCCUUCGGGGAUCCUCAUUCCUAGAGAAAUUAUAUGGCUGGUAUAGUGCACGGCAUUUGCUACUCAAAAAAAGAGCUUAUGAUAAAGCAUAUAGGCAAAGAGUCAAGGUGAAGAUCUCUGUCUCUUUUAUGAUUUCGUUUGCACUUUGUUAGUUUAGUGAUGAAUAAUUAUUAUUAUGAAAAAUUGUUUUGCAGAUUAAAUUGUAUUAAAUUGU